CCAAUAAAUCAAAAUUCACAACAAAAAAAACCUUAUAGAAAGAGAGAACAACACAGAACUCCAACAUAAACACAGAAACACUCGGUUUCGGUUCAUGCGGGAACGAGAGGUCCUCCCGAUUCAGAUCACCCACAAAACAACUCAAACUCCCUCUGCCAAAUCCACCAUAACCCACGUCAAAUCCUUUCGAAUCUCACCGACCCAUUUCCUUUUCGCACCGAGAGUGAUUGCCACCACGGAAUGGACGUAAAUUUGGGAGGUGCAGGCUCCGCGAUAGCAUGCAGGGUGUGAGCGUGUGAGAAUAGUUCGUGCGAGCGUGCAAGAAAAUUAAGGAGCAUGCCGAAUCAGGUGGCGAAGGUCCGGAGGGACACGAUUGUAGCAUGCAUGACUUGCCCACUCUGCAACAAGUUGUUCAGGGAAGCCACAACCAUAUCCGAAUGUCUUCACACGUUUUGCAGGAAGUGCAUUUAUGAUAAGAUUACGGAGGAGGAAUUGGAAAGUUGUCCAAUAUGCCACAUUGAUUUGGGUUGUGUUCCACUGGAGAAACUGAGGCCAGACCACAGUUUGCAAGAUGUAAGGGCCAAAGUUUUCCCCGUGAAGGGAAGAAAGGUGAAGGCACCUGAAGUUGUGACCUCAACACCAAUACCAGCUAGGAGAAAGGAGAGGUCUCUUUCGUCUUUGGUGGUCAACACUCCAAGGGUAUCUACACAGGCAACAAUGACAGGAAGAAGAACAAAACCUUCAAGAAAAGCUAGUGGUCUGCGGUCCUCUAGUUUUUCCUUUGAAAAGCCCAUUAAGAAAGAGGAAGAAUUGCUGGAAGAUCAUCUUGAGAGUUCAAGCUCACCUGAACAUUCAAAUAAGUUUGCUCAGAAUUCCGGACAGAGUAUGUCCCCUUGUGAGGGUAGUCAAACUGCACCCAAUAAAGGAUCAGAGAAUGGUGGCGAAGCAUAUGAUGCAAAAUUGGAUCUUUGGAAGCCUUUGAACUGUUUAGUAGAGGUGGCAAGUAGGAGUAAAUCUUUCAAGUCUCAUGUGCAAGGGUCUGAUGCUAAAUUAGAAACCACUCAAGUAAGUGAGAGUGAGUCUCAGAUGCAGAAAACUAAAAUUAAGGACAAACGCAAAGGAAAAGUUGAGGAAGAAAAGAUCAUCCCUCAUCCUGCUACUUCAGAUGCAACAAAACCCAAUAAAUUGCGCAGAAUGCGCAAGAAGAAGGAGCCUGCUUCUGGAGAAUCAAGCAUAUCACCCCAAGCUGUGCUUGAUUCUGCAAGCAGUAAAAGACUCUCUAGGACUGGUCCAAUCUGGUUCUCCUUGGUAGCUGCAGAAAACCAGGGAGAUGCACCCUUGCCACAAAUUCCUUCAAGCUAUGUGAGAAUCAAGGAUGGUAGCGUACCAGUCUCAUUCAUCCAAAAAUACCUAAUGAAGAAACUGGACUUGACUAGUGAAACAGAGGUUGAGAUUAAAUGUAUGGGACAAUCAGUGCUCCCUACAUUGAGUCUAUAUAAUUUGGUUGAGCUGUGGUUGGAUACAGCAUCCACGUCACAGAGAAUUUCAGCAACUAUUGGUUCCUCAGCAAAGGAUUUUGUCAUGGUACUGUCUUAUGCUCGGAAGGUUCCACACCCAUGACCAUGUUUCCCGGUUCGUACUCUGAAAAUGUUCUUCAUAGCAUUUGCCAUCACCACCGUGGAGAACAGGAUUAGCUUCGCCAAAUAAAUUAUAAAGCAAAAUUUUCUCGGUUCCAAUGUACCUUCUUAUGUUCGUUAAUGUUUCUCAUCUGGUAGUUAUUUUAAUGUUCAUUAGAUCCUCCUUUUUCAAGACUAUUUUUUUUUUUUUGAAGACAAUCGUUUUAUUCCAAUAAUUUGGAGGGCACAUGUGAGUUAGACAUAAGAAGCCAUGCCUGGUUAGAACUUAGAAGAGAUGCUUUGUUGAGAAUUUGACAUUCGAAUGAAGAGGAAUUUUGUUUUAAUUUCUUA